AGUGCCAAGUAUUGCUCGAGCCAACAUGCCGGCGGCAGCAGAAGGAUCGAGGGGAUUGCAGCUCAAUCCGAAGGCAAAACCCACGACGACCAAAAUGAAGCAAGUGAUUGGGCAAGUAUUGGCGGAGAAAUUGGACAAUGCGACUUACCAGUCAGAGCGAGCGGCGGCGCUGACUAAGGAGAUUGCAGACGCAGUCAAGAUGCGGCUUAAAGAAUGCGACUUUUCUCGGUUCAAGUACGUCGUGCAGGUGGUCAUUGGCGAACAGCGAGGCGAGGGUGUAAGAAUGGGGUGUCGAUGCUUCUGGGAUGCUGAGACAGACUGCUACGCCUCCGAGACGUUCUCCAAUGACAGCUUGUUUUGCGUUACUACUGCCUACAGCGUCUAUCUCUACUAACAAUAGCUCGCGAUCUUUCGAAGACGAUGAUUAACUCAAUAUGGA